AUGUCCGGGCUAUCCUCAUUUCUACCAUUCAAGGGCCUCGGCUCAUCAUCUCCACGCGAGCGUGCGUCCGAUAAUCGCCUGCGUUCGGCGCUAGAAACCAUGCCCGGCACACGCAAGUACCAGUUCACACCCAACGUGCGGGCGGAGAUUUUGGCAGAGUUAUAUGAGGCAUUCUGGGGACCGUUCUCGCAUCUGUUUCUGCCCAACUCCAUGUCCAGCCUUCCAGCGGGCAAGAUGCUCAGCGAGAUCCAGAUCGCUCAGCGCUUCAACGGCGCGGGCGGCGAUGACCUGAUGACUAUGCCGGGGAGGUCCUGCAAUCGGAUCUUCAAGAAGGGAGAGUGCUGUUACCGAUGCAAGGACUGCGCGCUGGACGACUCCUGCGUCGUAUGCUCUCGGUGCUUUCACUCUACAGAUCACACCGGGCACAAUGUCGGGUUCUUCAUCGCCCAACAGGCCGGCGGCGCCUGCGACUGCGGGGAUCCCGAGGCGUGGAAAGCGGACAGCGCAUGUCCCAAUCAUGCUGUUCUGGGCGACUCUACUCCCCCAACGCCCUCACAACCCCGACGGAAUGUCUUGUUUGGACGCGAGAUCCCACCAGUUGAAGGCUACCCGAAUCGCGCUCCCAUCCCUCCCGAGCUCCGUGAGACCAUGUCGAAGACGGUAGCCUACGCACUAGACUUCAUGCUUGAGACCCUCGACUACUCUCCUGACGAUACUUCUGUACCACCAAGCGAAGCCGAUCUUCGAUUACAACCCACGGGGGACCCUAUGCAGAAGGAGCAGUAUUGCGUAGUCGUUUGGAACGACGACAAACACUCGUUCACGGAGACGGAAGAGCUGUUCGUUGAUGUCCUCAAACGGCCCCGGGAGGAUGCUCGCGCUUUGGUCGAGACGGUGGACGAGGUUGGCCGCGAGGUUGUAGAGAUGGGCCCGAACGUUCAACGACUACUCGACGUUGCGAAUCGCAUAGCAAAGAUCGAGUUGGGAGUGACCGUGCGCAGGGCUUACGAUACAUUCCGCGAACAGGCUGUCACAAUCAUCAUCGAGUGGUUGCUCGAUCUGACCCGGAGUCGGCUCGGACAGGACGCUGUCAUCCUUAGGGAGAUCGUGGCCGAAGAGAUAUUUAUGCCGCGACGGCGUUUGAGCCCCUCGACCAUCCUGCCUGAGGUCUCUACGUUGCAGAAAGAGCUUGUAGACGCGGCUCGUGUCGACUGGCUCUUUCUGUAUCACCACAAGCUAUGGCGCCGUCCUCGGGUCUGCAUAAAGGAGACUUACAGUGCCAUUAUCGGUUUAACUCGCCAACAUAAGCUAACGAUGGCUUCGCACUUUGCUUCAGUAUAUCCUCGCAUCAUAGACUCGUACCUACUCGUCGAUCGAGAGGCUGACACCUCCAUCAAGUACUUCGCAUUGCAAUUGUUCACGAACCCCACCGCCGCAUUGCACGUCGUCCAACACUACGACAUGAUCAGCCGCGUCCUAUCCAUGAUUUCUGCUUUCUUCACGAAUCAGAUACACGACAAGCGCAUUCUCUUUCCUCCAAAGCCGUCCGCUGUCAUCGACGUCGAGGCAGACCCUUUCAAAUCGAAGCGCUUCAUGCCCGUAUUCAGCGACUUGCGAUAUCUCUGUCACAGGGAACCGGUCCAGCACCUUAUAGCUCAUGACCACAGAUUCAUCACCCUCUUCGCGCAAACCUGUCAGCUCUUUAUGGGAAUCAGCCCCAACAAGCGUGCCAUUGACACUCAUGUAGAGUUCGAGACGGAUGGCUGGAUUGCUGUAUUCAACGUCACGUUGUCGCUCUCACGCGUCAUCAAGGUUUACGGCGAGGCCUUCUCUCUCGCAACGCCUGCUGAACUUGCACGCGCCAUCUCGACGAUCGAGCAUUACAUCCUCAUUACAUGUACUCUCACGGAGGACCGCUUGGACAAGUCCAAAUACGAGGAGGUCUCGUUCCACCAGGUCGCCUUUGGCGAGAGGGUCCACACUACCGUGAACUUCAAUGUCCUCGAAGGCUGGGUCAGCUUUCACCAUUCGCUGCAGUGGCUUCUGGCGGAGAUGUUCAAGCACAUUGACCUGCUCAGUGAGGAAUCGUUGCAUGCCUUGGGCCUUCAUAGCGUGAAGGACAUCUUAUUAGCCAACGCCAGUGAGCGAGCGAUGCUCACGAUCAUUGAUUUCCCAUUGCGCGUUCUCACAAUGGUCGCGCAGAUCCGUACCGGCCUCUGGGUACGGAACGGUUUUGCGAUACGUGGUCAGCUCCUGCACUAUCGCGACUUCAUGCUCCGCGAGCUUUGCUACGAUCAGGACAUCUACGUCAUUCAAAUGGCUUUGAUCAUCCUCGACCCCGACCUCGUCCUCGUCAGUAUUCUUGACCGCUUCCAGCUCGUCGAGUUCUUUUCUGGGAGUACUGCGCAUCCCGCGUACGAGGGCUCCCAGCUGCCUGGAAUGGUCGAGGAGAUGCUAUACAUCAUCAUCACUAUUCUCAGCGAGUAUGGCAACGCGGUACGACUCCCCAUCGACUUGGCUGUACGGCGGGAAAUCGUACAUGCUCUGGCCAUCGGUCCUUGUACAUUCACGGAUCUCGUUAAGCGAGUCGCUGAGCGUCUCGUAGACGACCCCUGCUUCGAACGCGUACUCAGGCAGGUCGCCCACUUCCGCCCACCCGAAUCCACGGCGGAUACGGGAACGUACGAGCUGAAAGCAGAGAUGUACGACGAGGUCAACCCGUUCUUCUACCAUUACUCGCGCAAUAAACGUGAGGAGGUCGAAGGCGUAUUACGCAGCCACUACAAAAAGCUCGGCGAUUCGGACCAUGUUGUCGUCCCGCGUCGGCUCCAUAUCACUCGCGGCCCGUUCCUGUCGUUACCCUCAGCAUUUGAGUCCGAGGUACUCAUGCAGAUCAUCUUCUAUUCCAUCUACAACAUCUUCGCUCUUACCGAUGAGUCUGGGACCUCGCCACCGUCGGGAGAAGCCAUCCUCGAUCAGGCUAUACAUCUUAUCAUGCUCGCCCUCGUCGAGCGCCCAGAUGUGGCCAGUCGUCUUGCGUCCACGAAGGCAUAUGAGGGCGACAAGAAUGUCAUCGAGUUGCUGUGUGUUCUCGAGCACCACGAAGUCUACAAAGGUUACCGUACGCGCUGUGAUUGGGUCCUAAGAACGCUUGCUGCGUACGUUCCAGACGACGUGGCACGACGUAGGCGGGUGGUUGAGGAGAGUCCAGACGCAGAGGACAGCAAAAAGCAGGCAGCGCGCGCUCGGCAGCAGCAAAUUCUCGCUCAGAUGAAGGCUCAGCAAGCCAGCUUCUCGAUGAACUUUGAGGAGGGCGACGACGAUGACGACAAUAUGGAUGAUACCGAUACGCCAGCAUCCUUCGGGACUUGCAUCGUGUGCCAGGAAGAGCUGAAUGGCAGUAAGCCUUUUGGAGCACUAGGUCUUGUGCAGCCCAGCCGCUUCAUUCGCAGAUAUCCCGAUCAUGGCACCGCAGUCGUGAACGAGGUUCUCCAGGCUCCGUAUUCGUUCGAUAGAAGCGAUCCCUCCUCGGCAUCGCACUCGUUCCCGCCGCGCCCGGAUGAAAUGGAGGACAAGCCGCCGACCUCGUUCGAGGCGCAUCCGGCUGGCCACACCCAGUUCGGCCUACACAGCUCCAUAUGCAGUCACUACAUGCACCUAGACUGUUUCAGCGUCUACCAGCAGUCCAUUCGCGUGCGGCAUCGUACACAACCCACACGUAAUCACCCGGAAAACAUUCAGCGGAAGGAGUUCAUCUGCCCACUAUGCAAAAGCUUGGGGAACGUCAUCCUUCCCUUGGUGCGCCCGCCAGACCUUGAGCUCAACACGCUACCUUUCAGUGACUGGACGCGUGCGGCGGGAAUCAGCAUCCUAAAGUCCAAGGCCGAUCCUCUACUCGAGUCUUUACUAGUGCGUAGUGGGACGGGCGAGCUCGCUUUCUGGGGUGCCGAAGAUCCCGGCUACAUUGGUUUCACCCGUACCGACAGCACGCGAUGGCAUCAGCAAGAUAUGCACAGGAUGGUUGACAGCGUCAUGGGCAUCGCUCGCUCAAUCUCAAAUCAAUCCCGACACUUGCGCGCGAGGCCAGAGCCUGAGGCUGGCGAGCGCGGUGCCGGAAUGUACCUUCCUGAGGACGCCGUUGGCUAUACUAUCGCGUCCCUCGAGAUCUCUUUACGCGGAACGCCAUCGCCUGGCGCGGCCAUCAUCAACAACGUCUCUGAGUCGCAGGCUCGCAUGAUUCGAGGUCUUGUAUCGGUGCUAUCUACACUGUCUGCCAUGGCUUUCAAGAACCGGCCAGAUGAGGGCAAGGAAGCCAUGCGCCAAGCAAUCAUCAAACGCCUUCUACCCGAAUGGAGCCUUUCAUCGAUGAACCCCGUGUCAUACCCUUUGCUCCUGCGCGAUCCCUUCACCAUCCUCGUCGAAACAGCCGCAGUUGCCCCAGAGAUGUUGCGUCACGCGCUGACACUGACCUACUACGCGUGUCUCGCGCGCACAGUCAUCGGGCUUAUCUACGUCCUCAACAAGUCACGCUCGUGGCCUGUGCAAAGUCCGACCCCCCGCACGUACGAGAAUCUCUUUGGAGACCUUCGCAUGUUCUUCACUUCCGUUGUCCGUCAUUCGCCUAUCAUCGAGCACGCCAGCGAGAUCGUCUUCUCCACCUACGGCGAUGCUCGCGUCGAGAAGCUCAUGUACAACUUCACGCUACCGUUCCUUCGCCGCGCCGCCAUUCUUUGUCAUUCCGUCAUGCCAUCCGACUUCCCUGCAGUCCAGGGGGACGUUGGCGGAUGCGAAUACUCUCGGCUUCUGACCCUGCUCGGUAUACCGCCGCUGUCUGAUCUACCCAAUCAAGAGACGCUGCAGACGAUUCUGUCCGGUUGGUGUGGUCAUUACGGACAUUCGCCCUCACCAGGGAAUCAAGUUAGUAACUGCGGUAUAACCCUUGAGCUCCCGACUGUCUACCGCAUUGCUCGCCUUCCCGUUAUACUCGACAGCCUUUUCGCCGAACAAGAGAAGACGUUGACGUGCAAGCGCUGCGGGACCGUGCCGGCGGAGGCGGCAAUCUGUCUCAUCUGCGGCACUGCGGUCUGCUUCCAGAGCCAUUGCUGCACAGAUUAUGAUAGCGGCCUGGGAGAUCGGGGAGAAUGCAAUUUGCACGCUGUCGAGUGUGGGGGCGUCAUUGGAAUGUAUUUCCUCGUGAAGAAGUGCAGCCUGUUGUAUCUCUUCGCGGGCAACGGCACGUUCGGCCAGUCACCCUAUCUUGACGUGCACGGUGAGGUGGAUAUGUCCAUGCGGCGUGGUCGACGGCAGUUCCUGCACCCAGCUAGGUGGGAAGAGGUUAGAAGGACGUGGCUAAGUCAUGGGAUUCCGACACUCAUCGCGCGGAGAUUGGAAAGUACUGUGGAUAGUGGCGGAUGGGAGACCAUGUAA